AGACAGUUGUAAAACAGCAACAGAGUUGUAUGUUGUAUCGUUGAAUUGUUGCUCUUUGCACUGGAACAUUUUUGAUAUUUUGAAUUUGGUUUUAUAUCUUCAUUUUAAAAUGUACAGUGUAUUUUCAUUCUAUUUUUAAGAUUAUUUUCAUAAAGGGUAUUGUUUCUGUUAUGUAAAGAAAUAUUGAUUCAAAAUGGCUUCGCCGGACAACGAGAUUAUGGAAAUUGAUUCCGAUGAAGAUUCUACGCCAUUGCCGGCAAAAAAAUCGAAAAAUGAUCAUGAAAACAAAAAUAUUGACGAUAAGAAAGCAAUAGAAAUAAUAAACUUACUCAUGGAUGAAGAUAGUGAAGAUGAUGUGAAAUCGUUGAAAGAAGGAAAGGAAGUUGGAAACGUUGAUGGAGAAAUGGAUGUUUCUCCAUCCAAAUCAGAAUCGAAAAUUGAGAAAGGAGACCCCGCUGCGAAACCGACAAUCUCAGACAGCAAAGAUGAUGUGGAAGAAGAAAAAGAAGAGGUAAAGGAAACAAAAGAAGUAUACACGCCGAAAAAAGAUGGAAAGACAAUGCAAAGAGAGGGAGUGACAAUCAGGAACGUGGAAGAGAUUACGCAAGAGAAAACGAAGGAGAAAGAAAUGGAUGAUAAGGAAGUAAUAACAUUAGAGGAGGAUGAAGAGGAAAAAGGAGUAGAGGAAGAUUUGAACUCUGAAAUACAGGCAAACCGGAGGAAAUGUUUAAACACCGGAUGUAAAUCUGGUGUCGACAUGCAAGUAUGCCAUGAAUCUCACAUCUUCACAUUCUACAGUUUGAAGCCACGUCCCAAGCAGCUUGUAUGCAAAGCAUGCCGAGAUACUGCCGAUAACCAUUUUCAGGAACUAACAAGCUUGCUGAAACAGAAUAAACCAAUUUUUUCGGCCAAAUUUCCACCUAGAAGUGACAUUGUUCUCCUUGAUGACUCCGAUGACGAACAGGAAGAUGAUUCUGGAGGAGAAGAGAUGGAAUUAGAUGAGGAGGUCUCAAACAUUAUCAACAAUAACGACUUAUUGGACAAUUUUAUGAAAGAAGUGAUGGGAAAAUUCGAUAUUGGUGAACAGGAAAAACAGAAUGUCGAUUUUUUGAAGCAGGAAGGUGCAAAAAUGGCAGAGACGAUAAAGGAAUAUGAUGAAAGAUUUUCUAAAGUAUUCACCAGCUUGGAGAAGAGUCUGAAUGCGUUCUACCAAAUUGGCGUACCUGAAAUUGUGAGUGUUUCCCCCAUCGAGAUAAUUGAUGUCUACGAGGAGCCCAAAGUGGCGCCCCCUCUGAGCACCCCCAAAGAGGGUGCGCUGAGCUCGGCCGUUAUACUGAAGAAGCCCCUCUAUACGUCCAGGCAGCCCGUCGCCAUGAAGAAGGUCACCCAGUACGGGGGUCAGCCGACAACCAGCAAGGCCAGGCCCAGUGUCACCAACGAAAAGGCUAAGAAAAGGAAGAUCCAAAACGGCGGUUAUCCCAAAAGUGAGAAGACUUUAACGACUGGGUCUACUAGUGUCAAGAAUAAUCAGGAUAUCGUGCCCUUGGAGUCUGCCCUCGCUUCAAUGCCUCCCCUGCCACCCUAUGGAGCUUUGCAGAAAAAGAAGUUGGCAGUGGGAGAUAAUGUGUUCGUCAUUAGAAGUACCCUCUUCAAGGCCUGGUCUCUUGCCAGGGUGAUUGAGCUCAUACAGAAACCGGCUUAUACUGAGGGUGAUAACCAGGUGCGCGUGGUCUACGAUCUCUACAAGAAGUCCCCACCCACAAAGGUGGUGACAACGAAAUUGUGCGCCUAUAGGGAGCAGUCGCCGGUUCGACUCCCGGUCGGGUCGAGGAUCAUUGCCGUGUACAGAGGCGAAGAUGAGCCGGUUGAGAAAGUUGUAGCUGACGACAGGCAACAGUUCUAUUCAGGAGUACUGGCCGAAGCACCCAAGAUGAGCAACAAAUACAGAUACCUGGUGUUCUUCGACGAUGGCUACACGCAGUACGUGCACCACGCCAACAUCCGGCUGGUUUGUGAGACGUCGGCCAAAGUGUGGGACGAUGUGGACCCGGAGAGCCGCCAGUUCAUCAAGGACUACCUCACCCGCUACCCGGAGAGACCCAUGGUCAAGGUGCAGCUACAUGAAAUUGUCAAGACUGAGUGGAACGGGCGUUGGUGGGUGGCCCGAGUGCAGGAUAUUGACGGUUCCCUGGUGAAGAUGCACUUCGAUGCGGACGACCGGACCGAAUGGAUCUAUCGGGGUUCCACCCGGCUGGGUCCGCUCUACCUGGAGAUCACGGCCGCCAAGAACCGGCAGACUGGCAGGAACCGGCAUGCGUCAUAUCUCAAACGGCAAGCUCAGUAUGUUGAAUACACACAGAACGUCGAUGAUAAUGAUAACAACUCAGAUGAUGACGUCCAAAUAGUGGAGCCGACCGGUCGCAGACGCAGGCAGCACAAGGGGGCCAGGGUCAGGACCGCACUUAUUCAUAUCAAUAUUUUGUCUCCUUUUUUCAGAUGCAAAUGCUCGAAAACGUGUAUGAACCGUGUAGUGCAGUUCCCCAUCAGCGUGAAGCUUCAGCUGUAUAAAACCCUGAUGAAAGGGUGGGGCAUGCGGUGCUUGCACGAUAUACCUCAGGGAAGUUUCAUAUGUAUCUAUGCUGGGAACCUGCUCACAGAACAGGCUGCCAAUGAGGGAGGUAAAACCUAUGGAGAUGAGUACCUGGCUGAGUUGGAUUUUAUUGAAGUGCUGGAAAACUUGAAGGAUGAUUAUGAAAGUGACGUCACCGUUUUGUCCGAUGACGAACCGCAAAUCACAGAAAAUGAAGACAAGAAGAACAGAGUAAAACGAUCACCCAAAGAAAAGGAGGAGGAGGAGGAAGAGGAUGUGGACGAUCCAGAGCCAGUGGUGGAAAAGAGAGGAGGCUACGAAGAAGAUCGCACUUUCUCCGUCUCUCAUCGCAGACUGAAUACUGAAACUGACAGCUCUAAUAUGAGAGCCCGUCUUCGCGCAAGAGAGACAGCGAAAAAGUCAAAAGAUUCGGACUCUGAUAGGGAGAGGAAGCAUUCUCAGUUCAACGCCAAAAUAAAGGAAAGUGAGAAAAAAGAACACAAGUCUGUGAGGGAGUACUAUGACACUGACGACUGUAUCUACGUCAUGGAUGCCAAGAAUGGUGGCAAUAUUGGCCGAUAUAUGAAUCACUCCUGCAACCCAAAUUGUUUUGUGCAGAACGUAUUCAUGGACACUCAUGACCUGCGCUUCCCAUGGGUGGCUUUCUUCGCUUCCAGAUUCAUAGAGGCCGGCCAUGAGUUGACCUGGGACUACAACUACGAUGUGGGCAGUGUCCCUGGCAAGGUGCUCUAUUGCUACUGUGGAGAGACCAACUGCAGGAGACGUCUGCUAUAAAUUGGGGAGCUUUAUGUGAUGAUGCAACUGGGUUUUUCCUUCAUUUCACUAGUAAAAGCUUGAAUUCAGAUGGACUUUUACCAAAUUCAACUAAUAAAAGGUUGACUUUUCCCAAGUGAAUUUCAUGAAUUGAGGGGUUUUUAUCACAACUAUGUUAAUUUUUGUCAAAACUAAUUACAAUUUUGUCAAAAAUAGUGUAGGUAAAUUUAAAUUAGUUUAGUUUUUCAAGCCCAGGUAAUUUUUAUGAAACAUUGCAAAGCAUUUUCUUAAUUUUGUCAAAAUCGAGAUUAUUUUGUCAAAAUCAUGUAGAGCCUAACUUGAUAAAAAAUUUAGUCAAUAACGGGGGAAUUCUGUCAAGAUCUUGGAUAUGUUUGUAAAAAAUCAAUGAAAUUCCACCACCUUAGAAUAAUGUGGUUCGAUUUGAGUAUGUUCUGUCAAUUAGCUAUUAUGGCAUCCAUUCCAGCUUAUGACUUCAUUAUGGUCAAAUUUAAUCCGUUCUAGUUUAAAAACAUGACAUUUUCAAGGUCAAAUUUAAUAGGCCUAGGUCUUCUACAUGUGUAAAUAAAUAUAAAACGUAAUUAUUAUAAAACUUAUUAUAAAAUAUUAUUCAAAGUAUAAAUCACAUUUUCCUAUACUUUAGUCUAUUCUCUCAGGAUUUAAAAAAUGUUUUCAAGUUGGCAAACGAAUUUCAGUUGCCAAAAUAAUAAUGUUCAGAUGACAUUCAUAAAACACAUUUCAAGAUUUGGUUAAAAUUUGAAAUGAAUAUUCAGGGUUUGAACAUAACUAUUUGAAUACCUACUCAUAGUUCAUAAUUAUUUGUUUCCUCCAAGAUCAAAAACUCACCAUUAUAACUUUAUUUCAAAAUUGUGUUAUACAUUUUUCGAAAAACUCAGUUCAAUUUUUAAUUUUAUGACAAUAAAAUUCCCUUAUACAAAUCAAUUUUCAGAAUCCAAUAUCAAUUUUCUAACCACUAUUUUAUUCUGAAUCGAAUAGAAAGAUUCGAUAAACAGAAUUAAUUUUGUUUCAAAGUUUGAAUCCAACAUGUAAUAAUAUUAAUUAACACAUAAACAUUAAUUUGAUGUGUAACUAUAAAGGUGCGUACAGAUAUACGCGCCGCGAACAUGAGCAAUUCACUUUUAAUCAGCUGACUAUGUCUGUAUUUUUACAGAAACGGUAAGAUACAGAUAUAAAAAGCUUGGCAUCAGCUGAUUAAAAGUGGAUUGCUCAUGUUCGCGGCGCUUAUAUCUGUACGCACAUUUACAUUUUGUGAAUGUCCUGAUUAAAUCUCAUUUUUGAUUCUUAUAAAAGUAUUUAAUUUCGAAAAUAAUUGUGAUUUUCAAAGCUUAUACUAUGUUGCUAUAAGCUUAAGCUAUGUUGUUAUUCCAGAAAUUUCAGGAUUCCAUAUGAAUACAAUUCAAUUUUAUAAAUAAGUCAUAAAUUUGAUUAUUUUCAACCCCAAUUCCAUGUCGAGAAAGAUUUGAAUUGUGUGAAAUAGCAGAUCAUUUUUGUUAUCAGUGGUCAUGAUAGAGAUAAAAUAGGUUCUUCAAAUUUUGAAUUAUUUUUCCAAGUUACGGAUUAUUAAUACGGAUAAUAAAGAAUUCUUUCAUUCAUUUUUUCAUUAUUUGUUUAUUGAAAGAUUUUGUAAAUAAUAGUGCAAUUUUACCAGAUAGUGUUUAUAAUAAUUAUUAUCAAUAUAGACAUAUUAGAUGGAUUUUGAAAGUAUUUCUCAUUAUGUUAAGUUGAAAGUCAGAAUGUGUUUUGUUUGUUUAAUUAUAUUGUUUCAUUUUUUAGAAUAGAUUGUCACAUCAGUUUGUCAGUACAUGAGGUUAAGAAGUGUCAUUGUCAGUCACUGUAUAACAAUAUUAUUGAUGAACCAUAAUCAUAAAACAGUUAUUAUUAUUGAAUCAGAAUUUUAAUUCUUUAUAAUUUAUUUUACUGUUCAGAAAGUAUUUCUUUUUCAGAUUUCUUCUUAGUGUUCAUUGCCAAUGUUCACCUGUCUCCAGUAUUGGAAAAACAUUGUUUUUUCUAACACUAUUUGAUGAUAGUUUUGUAAGGGUUUCUGUAAUAAAUCACCGCAAUUUGCUGUAAAAA